AUGCAGAACUACGGUGCACUCCUUACCCUAUUCAAUCGGUACCACGACUUUGCACUCUCAACUCACAUUAAUCCGGAUGGAGACGCAAUCGGUUCCGAGUUAGCUCUCUACCUCUUUCUCACGAGGCUCGGAAAAUCCGUUAAAAUAUUUAAUACAGAUGCUGUACCGGGCAACUAUAAAUUUCUGCCUUGCUGGAAGAUCAUUGACGGUGUACAUGCUCUCAGUACAUAUCGUCCGGAGGUGCUAAUUGUAUUAGACGCAAGCACACUCGAACGAAUUGGAAAAACGCUUUCCAAAACCUUGAUACCGACACACAAACUCGUUAACAUUGACCAUCACGCCACCGCGGAGGCGUUCGGGGACAUCAACCUCAUUAUGCCUUCAGCUUCUUCUACCUCAGAGAUUGUUUAUAAACUCAUUAAGUAUCACCAGAGACCCAUAGAUAAAUCGUGUGCGCUCUGUCUUUAUACAGGACUUAUGUUUGAUACCGGUUGUUUUCGAUACAGCAAUACGACUGCUGAAACACAUCGGAUCGCUGCAGAAUUAAUUGAGGUAGGGGAAUUUGCACCAGAUGAAGUCUACCGGAACGUUUAUGAGCAACUUCCUGUCGCUAAAAUUCGCCUCUCAAGUGAAGUUCUCCGCACCUUGCAGGUGACCGAUGAUGGAAAGAUCGCGUCAGUGUAUGCUACACAAGGGAUGUUUCGGAAAACAGGAACGACUCCUGACGCGGUAGAAGGCAUCGUGAAUCAGAUUCAAGCAAUAGCGGGGGUUGAAGUGGCACUCUGUGUAUCUGAGAUGACCGAUCGAAGCGCAAAAGUGAGCCUGCGGAGCCAGGGACACGUUGAUGUCAGUCAACUUGCUGCUGAAUUUGAGGGGGGCGGACACGCCCGGGCCUCAGGUUGCAGGGUUGUCAUGCCUUACCUUUCUGCUAUUAAUACGCUUGUUCAAACUGCACAACGCUACAUUGAUCAGGGCUCUUAG